UACCCAAAUCCCAAAUCUCCAGCUGGCUCCAGUCUUCUUCACCACUAUAAUUCACGAACAGGUACUAUGAAGACCAAACGCGAACAGGUACUAUCAGGGGAAGAAAGAGUGAGUACUAUGAAGAAGUUUUGCCCUGCAGAAUGCAACAAGGAAGACGAAGCUUGGAAGAUCCUCGCAUGUCGCACGUGCGAUCACCAGGAGGUUGCUCAACAUUAUGUCGUAAAUGCAGAUCAAAAACUCCCUCGUACAAAAUAUGUGAUCUGUCCAAAAUGUGAUCAUAGAGGGGCUGAAUUCUGUCUGUUAACUACUCGCAGUGGAAAAGUAGUAGGGCUAUAUUGUAUUUGCUGCAACACGGACUGCCUCCACAGAUUCUGGGACGGUGAUGAGAAUACGGAAAAGUAGUAGGGCUGUCUUGUGUUUGCUGCAACACGGACUUCCUCCACAGACGACGAGAAGGAUGACGAUAAACAUUACGUUGCCAUUACAUUAUUACAUACUAGUUAGGAAUAAUGUGACUUGAAAUAUCAAAGUAUACAAUUAUUAUUGGCAUGUUUUUAUUUAAUUAAUCUAUAGUAAUGAAAUUAUUAUUCAA